UCCCACCCGGCUGUUGUGCGCGCGCGCACGCAGCCCAGCAGCCAACCAACCAACCAACCAACCAGCCAGCCUCCUCUCGCACGUUCCUUCCGUACUCGGUCCCUGGUUCUUUCUGGCGUGUGUGUGUGUGUGUGUGUGUGUGUUGGGGGGGGGUGGGGGCCGGAGGGGAGCGGAGGAUCGCUGUGCGGAGCGGAGGCUGAUGUGAAUCCUUCGGGUCCUGCCUGGAGCUGGUGGAAGGGGGAGGGGGGCUCGAGGAGGGGAGGAGGAGGAAGAGCAGCGCUGCUUCUGCCGCUUCCGUCAUCAUGGCUCACUCCCCUGUCCAGCAGCCUGGCCUGCCGGGGAUGCAGAAUUUGAAGGCAGAUCCAGAAGAACUCUUUACAAAACUGGAGAAGAUUGGCAAAGGUUCGUUUGGUGAAGUUUUUAAAGGCAUUGACAAUCGAACACAGAAAGUUGUUGCUAUAAAAAUCAUUGAUCUUGAAGAAGCUGAAGAUGAAAUAGAAGAUAUACAGCAAGAAAUAACAGUACUCAGUCAGUGUGACAGUCCAUAUGUCACCAAAUAUUAUGGGUCUUAUUUAAAGGACACAAAAUUAUGGAUAAUAAUGGAAUAUCUUGGUGGUGGAUCUGCCCUUGACCUUUUAGAACCAGGUUCACUUGAUGAAAUCCAGAUUGCUACAAUAUUAAGAGAGAUUCUGAAAGGACUUGAUUAUUUGCAUUCAGAAAAGAAAAUUCAUAGAGAUAUUAAAGCUGCUAAUGUGCUCCUCUCAGAACAAGGGGAAGUCAAGCUAGCAGACUUUGGUGUAGCUGGACAAUUAACUGAUACACAAAUAAAGAGAAAUACAUUUGUGGGCACACCAUUUUGGAUGGCACCAGAAGUAAUAAAGCAAUCUGCUUAUGAUUCAAAGGCAGAUAUAUGGUCCCUGGGCAUAACGGCCAUAGAGCUUGCAAAAGGAGAACCACCACAUUCUGAACUACAUCCAAUGAAAGUUUUAUUUCUGAUCCCAAAGAACAACCCACCAACGUUGGAAGGAAACUACAGCAAACCUUUAAAGGAGUUCGUUGAGGCCUGCUUGAACAAAGAUCCCAGCUUUAGACCAACGGCCAAAGAACUCCUGAAGCACAAAUUUAUAAUACGAAAUGCAAAGAAAACUUCCUACUUGACAGAUCUCAUUGACAGACAUAAAAGAUGGAAGGCCGAGCAGAAUCAUGAUAAUUCCAGCUCUGAAGAUUCAGAUGGUGAAACAGAUGAGCAGGCAUCAGGUGGCAGUGACUCGGGUGACUGGAUAUUCACGAUCCGAGAAAAAGAUCCGAAGAAUCUGGAGAACGGAGCGACCCAACUCCACGAGUGGGAAAGAAACAAGGAAAAUACCAUUCAAAGGCGCCCUGCAUCUCGAAGCUUAUCUACAAUUAUAUCGCCAUUAUUCACAGAGUUGAAAGAGAGAAGCCAAGCUUGUGGGGGAAACAUGGGCUCCAUAGAAGAACUGAGAGAGGCUAUUUAUUUAGCUGAAGAAGCUUGCCCGGGAAUUUCAGAUACCAUGGUGUCUGAGCUAGUACAGCGGCUUCAGAGGUACUCAGUAGCUGGAGGGAGCAGCUCAUCCCACUGAAGUCUGACCCUGUGGCCAUUUUUGCUACUUCAGUGGGGCGCCUGCAGGCACCUGUUCUCAGGCUGGUCUUCCACAAUUGGCAGGCAAUCACAUGGACAUUUCUGAAAGUGCAUCAACAGAAGAAGGUGUUUUAGCAAGAGCACUGUUUUUCAACUCUGUAUAGGUUUUUUUUAAAAAAAAUAAUGCACAUAUUCAAAGGAGGUAUCUUUAUACAUUUCUGAGAUGUAAAUUUAGGAUUUCAGUUAGGAACUAAAGCUAUUGUGAAAUCUCAGGUAUCUUGUGUUAAGUCAUUGGCCUUCAGCUCAAGGAUCCAUAGGUGGGUGGCAUUUCAAUCUGAAAUGUGUGCACUAGUGGCACUGCCACCAUUUUCUUUGUUUUAAGGUUUUGUUUUAAGAAAGAAAUGGAAGUCUGGAGUUCAGUCCCAUGUUCCACGUUUACAUUUAACAUGGAUUGGGGUUUAAAAGAAUUGAAGGCAACCUCUUUAAGUUAAAAAAAAAAUAUAUCUGUGAAUUGGAUGUAUUAUUGGCUCUGUGUACAAAUUUGUAUAUAGUCACUUUUUUACUGAAAUUUGCUUGACAUGCAUACGGAUUCCUCUGUACAAAUUGCCAAGAGCUUCUGUAGAUGAUACUAGUGAGGUAAAUAUUUUGACAGAUAGAUCAACUUAUUAUAGGCUUGUCUUUGUUUCUAUGAAAAUUUUAAAUUGUAUUAUAGCAGGGUUUGCUUGACCUUUGUUUAUAGGUCAGAAAUAAAGCCGUGCUAUAAAAAUCCAGUUUAUACCUCAGAUGCAGGUUUUUUUUUUGUGUUACACAGUAGCAUUUUUUUUUUUUUUGUUUCUAAUCAUGGUACGAAAUUGAUUGUUUUAAUUUAGGAUAUCAUAUUCUUUGCAGUUCUCUAGUUUUGCUUAUCUUCAUGGUUUUAUAUCUUGUUUAAAAUUGUGCCAAUCCAAAGUUUAAAUUUGUUUUUAAUAGUUUUCUUUUGGAAUUAAUGUUAACAUAUAACUGAAAAAGGCACUUUUUUAUAUGCUUCCUAGAAAUUCUGGAUAAAUAAUGGCAAUUUUGCAAAAUACUGGUUAUAAAAAGAAUUUUAAAAAUGCGAGCAACUUUAGUUACAAUCAUUGAAAUCAAUAUUUGGGCUUAGUUUAAUAUCUGAAAUUCUUUGUGUGGUAGAGGAAGAUAUAUGAAAUUUCGUUAAGAUCUAAAAUAGAAAACUACAGUUCACUUUAAUAGGUAAGAACUAGUACAGUAUAACUCUUAUCUAUUGUUAAAAUAACUACAUGAUAGAAAUCCCAUCUGAAUUUUUAUUUUGAGGUAUUUGGAGAAAAGUGGAAUAAAAAUGUAGUUAAAAGGUUGUGGUUAGUCAAGAAUUUUAGAAAGGGCUUGCUCUUUGUUGAUUUACAAUAAAUUAAUGCUUUCAAUAUUAUUACACUGUUUUGAUUUCAAUAUGAAAUCUGUAUUGUAAUCUUAAAAAAAUAAAUAACACAGUAACUCCAAAAGACAACUUGCUGUAGAAGAUUUAACCCUAUGACCAAGCCUUUGGUGAAAAUCUCCUUUCUAAUUUGUUUUGAGAAAAGUAUAAUAAUGGUAUAAAGGAUGGGCCCAUUGUGUCAAUGGAAAUGAACUCACUGAAUGUUUAGAACCUGUAAUAUCCUCUUAUCAAUGUAAAGAUUGAACAAUUUACUAAAUUGAGUGGAAAUAAUAUUUUACUGCCUUGUGUUUGAGUCAGCCAUGUUGCCAUCCCAUUAGAAUGGACGUGAUGUUAACUGGAUGGAUUUUGUAUUAGUCUCUACUCCAGUGUUUACAGUCUGUGAAAUGUAGCAUGAAGUAAGCUACACAUUGAAUUAGGGCGAGGUAGGUGAGAAAUCUCUCUCGAAUUUUCAGCUAAGCUUGUAUGCAGUCCCAGAUCUGGUAACCUUUUAAGAUUUUGGAUUGCAAGAAUGUUGACUGAAAGAUUUUGUUAAAUGGAAACCAAAAGGACCUCAAUGACUGGCUCUUUUAAAAUUAGUAAAUUAAUAUUUUGUCAGAGCUAUGUUCUUUUACAGACAUGGUUUUUCCAACAAACGCUUGUUUAUUUUAAAUCAGUUAAAAGAUUACUAUUUUGCCAGUUUGCUGUUUGAGCCAGUGCAGUUUAUUUAAAUAUCAGUUUAAUUGACUUAAUCCCAUAUAAAUUGUAAAUAUGCAGAAUUUCAAAAUGACAUCUUGUUUGGUAUAAAUGAAACAACUUGGUGAAAGCAAAUUGUCUUUGCAUUAUAUUGUAACCAAAUUUAAACUCUAAAACACCUUUUGUUGUUUCGAGUCCGUUUUUACUCUGUUUAACUUUACAAUACUGUUUAUUGAGCCUUUAAGUAUUGUUUUAGAACUGUCCUAAAAAAAUCCAGCAUUGCAGUGUUGUAUGUAUUCAGGAUUAGUCUUUGGGGGUUGAUAGCAGUUUCCUGCAUAUUAAAUAAGGUAAUAUUUCGUUUUACUAAAGGGCACCAAGAUUUGCUGGUGUAGAGUGGACAAAUUUCCCAUUUUUCAUAAUGAAAUUGCUAAACAAUCUGAAAGCAAGCCAAGUCUUUCAAACUGCAAAGGUUUUCUAUCUGGGUCUGUUGGGCCACUUUUUAACUAUUAAUUAGAAUAUAUAUUUCCAUUAUAGCCACACACUUGUAAAUGAACUCUUGAGACCACUGAUUUUUCUUGUGGAAUUGUGAGAAGUUGCUUCUGUUUACUCACAAUCAUUUAGGUGCCACCCUCCACCACCACCCCCCGAGUUCAUUGCACUGUAUUUUGAUUGAUUCUUGACCCUUACAGUAUAUGAAGCAUUUUGUAUGUUACAUAAUUUUCAGUAUUGAUAUUUUUGUAAUAGUUUAGAACCUAUUGAAGUUGCUUUCGAUAAUAGUGGAAUUUUGCAGCCAUUAGUGCAAACGGGGGUGUAUUGUAUAUUGGCUUAUAUAUGUAUCAAUGGAUGGAAGGAUUUAAUUUUGGAAGUUGAAAGAUGACAGGUAUGUUGGGAUACAAAGUCCUCAAUUCGGUUUCCUCCCUUAUAUAUAGGCAGUGAGCCAAAGCACAAACAUAAAACUAGAUUUCAUUGUAUCCUUGUCAAUCUGCUACUGAAUUGAAGUCAUAAAUAACACAAAAUGGCAAAGCAAUUAUUUUGGCAUUUUAAAGGCUUCCUGAUAUACUACUAUAAAUGUUCAUGUGCAGGAGUCCAUUUUAUCACACGAAUGAAAUUUUACUAGUCAGCAAUUAUUUAUUGGGGGUAUGGAAUGCUGUGAAAUACCUGUAGAAUGCAAAUAACUUAAUUUUGCAAAGUUACAUGUAGAAUUUGGUGGAUUUUCCAUCUAUUGAUUCCCCCCCCCCUUUGGCACCCAUAAUGUAUAUGGAUGUAUACAAAAUCUUAGUAACACUUGUGCACCUGACAAAGUAGAAGGUUAGUCCAGCAAUGUGGAAAGGAUUUGUUUCUUUGCUUUUCAUUUCCAAAAUUUAUAAAAUGAAUUAGCAAUGUAACUUAUGGCUCUUUCAUUAUGUCCAAACAAGUCAUUUCACACAGGGGUUUUAGGGUGGAAGGUGGAGGCUAUUCUAGCAAAGAUAUGUGCAUAUAUGAUGCAUAGAACAUUGAAAGUGCUUAAAUUAGCAUAUAAAAUCCUCCUUCCCAUUAUAUACACAACAUAAAGAGUAUAUAACACUGUACACUAGAAUACUUGUAAUAUUUCAGAAAAUUACACUAAGUAUCCCAGAAUAUUUCCUGGAAAGUUUUCAAUUCAAAACACUGUAGUAAAUCAAUCUCUCUGAUCUCUAAUCCAAUUUAUGCCAUAAUAAAUUGGUUAAGAUGUCACAAGACUUUAUUUUUGCUCUUUUUAGGUUAGCAUAGUUACUGUUGUACAUUAUGGUGAACUAGAAAUGUUCUUAGAGAUGUUUAAUUGUUAGAGCCAUAAAUCAACUUUAAAGGUCUUCAGAUUUAAAAUUAUUGAUACUAGAAAGAGAGCAGUAAUUGUAUACUUCUAUCAUCUAAUAACUUUUAGUAGAGUCUGAAUAUACAAAACAUCUACAUACUUGAGGAAUUCACAUUAGCUGGAUAAAAUAUUCUAAUUAUGAAUUGGAUGGUGUUUUUUUUUGUUUUUUUUUUUUUGAGAAGCAUAAAAUUAUGAUUUCCUUGCUAAAUUAUAGCAAAGGUCUAACUCUGGCCAACAGUUGCUUUUUGGAAAUGCACAACAUAGCAGUCUAAUAUCUGGCUUAUUUUUUUCAUAAGCAUCUGGGAAUGCCUUUUUAAAAUCUCUAUCCAUGGAGGUCCCAUUUUUAGCCAUCAAGUGACAUAUGCAAUGAAGACCUAUUCUUUGAUCAGGCUCUGUUUACUUCUGUAAUUCUGCUGUUUAUAACCUGUAUACAGUAUAUUUGCUUAUGUCAGAUAUCAACCUAUUCUCAAAACCUUGUAUGUUUCAUGACACAGAAAUAAAGAAAUACAACCAUUUUGAUAUGUCA